CUUUGAGUCGGCUGGGUUUGUUUUGGUUGUCGAGGGUACCAACGAUUUGGGGUAGCUAGAGUUGGCACAAGCAGCACACGACAAUGUCUGCAACAGAAGAUGACACAGAACUUCGGGAUCUUUUGAUCCAGAACCUAGAAAACAAUGGGGUGCUAAACAAACUAAAGGCAGAGAUGCGAGCGGCAGUCUUUCUGGCAAUGGAUGAACAAGAUAAAGUUGAGAAUAAAACCCCACUUGUCAAUGAAAACCUGAAGAAGUGUUUGAAUACUAAAGAUGGACGCCUGGUUGCCAGUCUUAUUAUUGACUUUCUGCAGGUCUUUCACCUCGAUUUUACACUUGCCGUAUUCCAGCCAGAGAUAAACUCACUUAGUGGACUAGACAGUCGUGAGCAGGUGACUUGUGAAUUAGGCAUCCAAGAAACAGAUAUCAACAGGAAUACACCGCUGCUGCUGGAGUUGAUAAAGAGAGGCAGACUCAAGGACAAGUCUUCCAUCUUCUCAGAGGGGGACCAAGCCAAAAACAUUCCCAAGGAGCUAUCACCAAGGCAAAUUGCAGAGGCCCGAAAGAAAUUUGAUAUGUAUGAUAAGGACAGAACUAUCAGGAUUAGUAAGGAGGAUUUGAAAGCUGUAUUUGGAGAUUUAUUUCCAAACUUCAACAAAAACAUGCUGGAGAGAUUUGUCUCAGAUGAACUCCAUGGGAUAGACAAAGCCCCUGCUAAAUCUGUUGACUUCCAGGAGUUCCUGGGCUUAUACAAGCGUCUCUUCAAUCAGUGCAGAAGUGUGGUCACCCAGGAGAGCAGUGAUGUUGUUCACCUUCCAAACCGAUUCAAUGAGGAGAAAAUGUCCACUGUGCCAGCUAGUAAGGCUGGACAGCUGCUCACAGCUGUUCUCAAUGCCCAGAUCCCCAGGUUGAGAGGACCUAAGCACAGUGGACAUGAGAGGAUGGCUGUUGCCAAGGGACUGGGGGGGAGCCACAGUGACACCAGCCUGACCUCCGGCUCUCUGAAGGUCAAAGGUCAAGCCCACGUUGCAUCAAGACACGAUGACGAGGCGUCCGGAGAUAACGGGAUGCCCGUCCCUGCUGACCUGGAACUGGGGCUGGAGGUGGAGGAGGACGGAGAUGAGGGCGACUCCUUCUUCGACGACCCCCUGCCCAAGCCCCAGAAAACCUACGGCUGGAGGGCUGGAGGAAGCCCGCCGGCCUCCCUGUCGGACGCGCCUCCCCAGAAGGGUUUCGGGGGCCCUCUGUGUGGGGAGGCCGGACACAGAGACCUGUCUGGAAGCAGGAACGCCACUUCAAACUCCAAAGAAAAAGGAUUGAAAGACUUGAGGACUAUGAACGACAAAGCCGGAUCUCUCGUUCUUGAUGAUGAUGUCGACUAUGACGAUGACUUCAACAGGUUCAUAAACAGCCACCGAUCAGAUAUUUCUAAGAGUGAGGUCAGCAUUGGUGAAGAGAUCGAGGAAGUGUCCAUUGAGGGACCAGAAAACAGCGAUAAGGUAGUUUCUAUACCAAAACAACUUGGAGCCACUCUGAAUUUGUGUGUCUGUGUCUGUUUAGAUAGUGAGGAGUGGGCCUUCAGGUAUUCAUACAGGAAGUGAAAACACCAGUCCAUGAACAGAUAACAUAAAGAUCCUGUUUGUAUGUAGAAAAAGAGCAGAAAUGGGUUGACAGACUCCUGUUGAAGCGCUGUUUACACCCGUGUUACUUAUUCAGUGCUGAACAGAAGAACAGUACUAGUACCAAUGGUGAACUCCAGUGUAUCCAUUUGUACUUUACUAUUGUAUUUUUACUAAUUAAAAAAGAUAUAUCAUUAGUUUAGCCUUCAUCACAUAGCUUCUCAUGCCGCCCUCUCUCCUCCUCCGUCAUGAUCCUCUCAUCUCU